UGUUAACGAGGUAGUGUUUAUUCACGGGUUUCAUUCUGAUUUUGGAUGAACUGUGCUUAAUUACUCUCAAGAAACGUUUUGAUUACUUUGAGACACUGAUGCUGAUGGGACAUGGCGAUGGCCUCUACAUCAUCAGCAACAGCAGGACCGGCUACGACGUCUGACAUGGACCACUCUCACCUCGGGGGACUCGAGGCCCUGAACCUAAAGGUGGGACCGGUGCGGAGGAAUCUCUUCGGGCCCGUGGACCAUCAGCAGCUGCAGCAGGACUUCCAGCGUAUGCUCUGCAUGAACGUGGAGGUGGCCAAUAAGCGUUGGAACUUUGAUUUCCAGAGCGACGAGCCGGGACAGGCCUCCAACAUCGAGUGGGAGGAGCUCAGGUGCCAGGAUGUGCCAACGUUUUACCGCAGCUGCACGGUGAGGCCAGCGGCGAAGGCAAAGAGGCGGAUAUCGUCUUCGUCGAGCGAGGGUUCGUCGAUGUCCAGCAGCUCGUCGGGGUCUGGGGAUGAGUACCUCGAGGUGACCAUGAGGGGGUGCUACCGUGUCAAACGGCUACGAAAAAAUAAACAGGCUGCCAUCACAGAUUUCUUCCAGGUGAAGAAGAGAAGGCUUCUCCACUACAAAGAAUCCUCUUGGCAGUAGAAAAGCACAACAAGACCCAGAGGAGGAUCACCUAGUGGUCGACACUCCUAUACACAUCACCUCAUAUGGAUAUGUCUCAUAUCUUAUGUAUAUAUGUAGCAAUUUGUAUCUGACUGUCCACAAGCUCAUGCAGCAUGGGCUUAAAAACUCCUCUACCGCCACAUACCUUAAAACUUCCAGCACAAGGAAGCUACUAUGUUCUUAGUUAAUCAAGCUCAGACUUUAACAACGGUUUUUUGUGUUAGAUAUAUAUAUUCUCAGCUUUAGACUAUACUGUGAAAUGACUUUGAAUGCACUCUUUCAGAAAAUGACGAACUCAUGUUCUAGGAGGUUAAUUUUCUUCCAAAUGGGUCUUGGAUAGUAUUUGUCAAAGUCCUGAGCUUAGUCCUCAACCUUUUUUUUUUCUCCCUCUUGCUAAAAGUCAUAAGAGGUUUUGAUUAGUUGAGUUACUAUUCCUGGCCGCGCACCACGCUUACAGCCUUUAGUCUCACCCCCACGGCUCCGAAAGCUCAGGGGGUCAAAACCUCAAAAUUGGCAGCGCGACCAUGAUUAGCUCCAGAUCAGGUCAACGGUGGAGGUUCAGUGAUGAGGUAAUGCGACUUAUAUUCUGAGUAAUAAUGAUAAUAAUAAUAAUAAUGUUUCAUAAUGUGACUAUUUAUUUAUUAUUCACGAUGCGAGAUCAUCGUCAAAACUAAAUAAAAUAAAAAAAUAAAAAUAAACGAGCAAUGUGCAAAACGAGGUAAGAUAAGGUGUUUGUGGAACCCUGUGCCAUUGCCCCCAAAUUAGCCUUAUAAUGGCUCACAUACACUCCACCGUUGCCAUUUAAAAACAUCGGCCAUGCAUAAUUUAAACCAUCACAACAUAGCAAAAAAAGUACAAAUUUCAAAUUAUAUUCACUUUUUGCUUUGUAUCAUUUGCAUAAUGGGGUUGUAAAAAUCGACUUUUCUUUGGCAGCAGACCAGAAAAUACCUUAUUUAGUUUUUAUGGUUUUGUUUUUCCAGCUUCAUGCUUUUAACAAUGUGGCAUUUCCAAUUCUUUGUGAUGUCCAACCUUUUAGAUACGCUUUUCCCUUGAAGGAAAUUUAGCAUUUGAUCACAGUGUGGCAGCUCAGACCAGAGGAAUCAUCACAGGUUCCACUUCUGGUGAUUUUUUUUUUUUUUUUAAGAAGAGUCGAGCUGUGUCCCAUCUAGUCUAGUCAACAUCAAGUGUUUGCAUUGCGUAUGUAUAAGCAUAUAAGUGUUUGUGUGUGAAUGUGUUAGUUUGGUGUUCUUGUUGAGGUUUUUCCCCACCAGUUGUAAAAGUUGUGGCAGCUGAGGCAGUUGAACCAAAGAGGAAUUGCUGUGCUAUUUAAUUAGCAACACAUCAUUGCUCAUGCUCACUGCUUGACUGAUCAGUUAUGGGUCACAGAAGGUCUCAAAUCUGCGUAGAUCUUCAACUGUAUGGUGAAAACACUAAACAUAAGGACAUAAGUCACUGUGUUUUUUAUGUGAUCCAUAACUGAACAUCUUCAAAUUUGAUGUGCUUACUUCUUUGGACCUUUUUUACGGUCAUUCUAAUUUGUAAAUGAAUUAAAAGCCAUAAUCUGGA